AUGUUCACCAAAGACGAGCUUGAAAGAAGGCACGGUAUCAUCCGAGGGCUUGCUCUACACAUCUCGUGUUAUCAUGCAAGCACAGAAGGUGAGGCCGACAGAAAGGAUACUCUUUCUACUGCUCGACUCAAAAAGAACAAAUACGAGGAGCUGGCCGUAACAGAUAACUUCGGUGCCGAUACAAUGAAAACACCCAGUCAGCAGCGCAGAGCAGACGUCGAGAGACUAGUCCAAGGGUGCUUUGCCGAAGUUCAGUGCUUGAGUCAGCGGCAUGAGGAGGAGAUACAAAGACUGAAAGCUGAGCACUCAGUCGAGCUGGAGCAACUAAGAGGCGAAGUCGGCAGAGCCAAGAUAGAAGGACUUGCAGCUCAUGCAGAGAUUAGAAAGAAGUGUGAAGAACUUGUGCAACUAUUGGGCGCAGCUAGCGCUAUAGCAUGCGAUCUCGGAAGACGUGAGUGA